GGGAGGGGGGUACAGAGUGGGGAACGAGCCACUGACCCAGGGGACCAAUGGGCUGUACCACUGAUCCCGGGGCUGGGGGAGAGCCGGAGGGCACAGAGCAUACCAUUGCCCCGGGGCGCCGCCUUGACUCCGGGCCUGGGGCGGGAGCGAAGAGCAGUGUGGGGCAGUGGCCAGCGCCACGGUCCCCUUUGGGUGGGAUGGUGCCUCCGAAGUGGCGGGCCCGGGUCCGCUGGGCCGCGUUUCCCCAGGACCCUUCCGUUCGCGUCCCCGAUACGCCGCACGCCGGCCGGUGCCUCAGUUUCCCCUUUGUGGCGUGGGGGGGGCGCGCCGGCCUGUGGGAGGGCUCAUGGACGCCCCCUUGUCUGUUGCUCCCUGCAGAGUGAAGGCCCCGACCUCGCCCUGACCCGCUGGCCCAGAGCAGCCCCCGCGGGGUGUUGGGCUUCGCGCCCGGCGCUCUGGCCGGCCGUGCCCUGCGGCCAGGAGGCGGGGCUGCCGCGAGUCCCCGGGACCCUCGCACGGCGCUCCGCCAGACGGCCCUGGUGAGGCCGGCCGUGCCCGGCCCCUGGACGCGCCAGGGCCACCGAUGGAGGAGAAUGAGGUGGAAAGCAGCAGCGACGCGGCCCCCCGGCGCGCCCGCGAGGAGCCCUCCGAGAGCGGGCUGGACGUGGGCACCUCGGAGGCCGUGUCGGCCGACAGCAGCGACGCCGCCCCCGGGCCCGGCCUCUUGUCAGAGGCGGGCGACUCCGUGGUGGGGCAGAGCUCGGACCUCGGCGCCCGCUCCCUGGAGGAAGUAUCUGAAAGCAGUUCCAGCCGGGAUGCCACCCCUCAGGGCUAUCUGCCAGACUCGUCCUCCAUCGGCCCAUCGACAUUAGUGUCAAGUGGAUCGGCAGGGGCCCCCGUGCUGGUGCACUCCAGUGUACUUGCCGAUGCCGCCAUGCUGGUCUCUGACUCCACUGCCUCCUCCUCCGAUUUGGGCUCUGCUAUUGACAAGAUCAUUGAGUCAACUAUUGGGCCAGACCUUAUUCAGAGCUGCAUCGCAGUGACAAGUGCGGAAGAUGGUGGCGCUGAAACUACCCAGUAUUUGAUUCUUCAGGGCCCAGAUGAUGGUGCCCCCAUGGUGUCCCCGAUGUCCAGCUCCGCUCUGGCCCACAGUUUGGCAGCCAUUGAGGCCUUGUCUGAUGGCCCCACGUCUACCUCUACUUGCAUGGAGCCAGCUGAAGCUCAGGAGUGCUCCCCACCUGCCGAGCCCCCUCCAGGACCCUCGGAAGAGCCAGACCUGCAGAGCCUGGAGGCUAUGAUGGAGGUGGUGGUUGUACAGCAAUUCAAGUGCAAAAUGUGCCAGUACCGAAGCAGCUCCAAGGGCACCCUGCUCAGACACAUGAGGGAGAGGCACUUCCGCCCUGCCUCUACAACAGCAGCAUUAAAGAAGGCACGUUCCAGGAAGUGGGGAGCUUCAGCUAAACCCCAGGAGGAGGAAGGGCCAGAGGAAGAAGAAGAUGAUGACAUUGUUGAUGCUGGAGCCAUUGAUGACCUGGAAGAGGACAGCGAUUACAACCCUGCAGAAGAUGAGCCCAGGUCUCGGCAGCCACGCCCCCAGCGCCCCAUACCCACCUCCAGUGCUGAACGUCCCCGAAGGAGACCUGGGAGGCCGCGAAAGCUGCCCCGCCUCGAUCUCCCCACUCCUCCAGAGGGGGUGGAAGCAGAGUCACUGGUCACCUCUCAGAGUGGACAAAGCAUCCCAGAACUGCAAGGACUGGAGGCCACUAGCUCAUCAGGCCCGGAGCCCUGUGGGAACAGCGAGGGGCAGGUGGAGCCCAGUGUGAGCCAGUCAGAUGCAGAGAACACAGUUCCUAAUGCCAGAGAUGAUGCAGACGUACCCCCGCGACGACGUGGCCGGCCCUCCCGACGCUUCCUGGGCAAGAAAUACCGCAAGUACAUGGGGCAAAGAUACUAUUAUAAGUCCCCCAAACCCCUGCUGCGACCCUACCUUUGCCGAAUUUGUGGCUCUCGCUUCCUAUCCCAUGAGGAUCUUCGUUUUCAUGUUAACUCCCAUGAGGCUGGAGACCCCCAGCUCUUCAAAUGUCUGCAGUGCAGCUACCGCUCCCGCCGCUGGUCCUCUCUCAAGGAGCACAUGUUCAACCACGUGGGCAGCAAACCCUACAAAUGCGAGGAGUGCAGCUACACCAGCGUGUACAGGAAGGAUGUCGUCCGGCACUCGGCAGUGCACAACCGGGACCGGAAGAAGAGGCCAGAACCUCCCCCGAAACUGAGCUCCUUCCCCUGCCCUGUGUGCAGCAGAGUCUACCCAAUGCAGAAACGGCUCACGCAACACAUGAAAACCCAUAGCACCGAGAAGCCCCAUAUGUGUGACAAGUGUGGAAAGUCCUUUAAGAAGAGAUAUACUUUCAAGAUGCAUUUACUGACACAUAUCCAAGCCAUUGCAAACCGCAGGUUCAAGUGUGAGUUCUGUGAGUUUGUCUGUGAAGACAAGAAGCUUCUACUGAAUCAUCAGCUCUCCCAUGUCAGUGACAAGCCUUUCAAGUGCAACUUCUGCCCCUACCGGACCUUCCGAGAAGAUUUUUUGCUUUCUCAUGUGGCUGUUAAACACACAGGAGCCAAGCCCUUUGCCUGUGAGUUCUGCCACUUCACUACCAGGCACAAAAAGAACCUCCGACUGCAUGUGCGCUGCCGGCACUCGGCCAGCUUCGAGGAGUGGGGUCGGCGCCAUCCUGAGGAGCCGCCGUGCCGCCGCCGGCCUUUCUUUUCAAGGCAGCAGAUAGAGGAGCUGAAGCAGCAGCAUGGGCAGCGCCCCGUGCUCCCUGGGCCUGCCCCCCUGGAGCCACCAGGGUCCCCAGAGGCCCUCCCAGAGUCAGCACCUCCUGAGACCUCUCCACUGCUGUGUCCCGAGUCCCUAGGGGGUGCCACAAUCAUCUACCAGCAAGGAGCUGAAGAGUCCACAGCCCUUGCCACUCAGACAGCUCUGGACUUACUGCUGAACAUGAGUACCCAGCGGGAGCUGGGGGGAGCUGCGCUACAGGUGGCUGUGGUGAAAUCAGAUGGUGUCCGAGCAGAGCUCUCGUCCCCUCCUGGAGAGCCCAACCCCCCAGGAGCUUCUCCUCAAGUAGUUACCCUGCAUGUGGCCGAGUCUGGGAGUAGCUUUGCUGGAGAGGGACCAAUGGGAGUAUCUGACCUGCAGCAGAUCACCCUGGCCCCAGUACCAUACAGUGGAGCUAGCUACAGCGUCAUUGCAGCUCCUCCUAUGGAAGAGGGGACCUCUGCCCCAGGGACCCCAUACAGCCAGGAGCCUCCAGGGGAGGCUGCACAGGCUGUGGUGGUGAGUGAUGCCUUGAAGGAGCCUAGUACCCACUAUAUCAUGGCAGCAGAUGGGACCCAGCUACAUCACAUUGAGUUGAGUGCAGAUGGAGGCGUUUCCUUCUCAGGCUCCGGAGCUUCUGAUCCUCCAGACACUGGGGCUAAAUGGCCUCUGUUGCAGUGUGGAGGACGGCCGAUGGGCAGAGAUGCGCCCCCUGCACCCCCCUCCCCAGCAAGAGCUCUUAGGGCUGGGGUUACUCCAGCUGAGAGCAGAGGACCACCUACCUCAGCUUCCCCACCUCUCCCAGCCACAAAAGCCUUGGGCCUGGUAGUUCCCUCUCCACCCCCAUCUUCCUCAACAGCAGCAGCUACUGCCGCCAAGAAGUUUUCCUGUAAGAUUUGUUCAGAGGCCUUCCCAGGCCGGGCCGAAAUGGAAAGCCACAAACGGGCCCACACUGGGCCCAGCACCUUCAAGUGUCCCGACUGCCCAUUUGUAUCUCAUCUGUGGCCUGAGGUUCGGGCCCACAUGGUCCAGCACUCAAGCCUUCGGCCCCACCAGUGCAGCCAGUGCAGCUUUGCCUCUAAGAACAAGAAGGACCUUCGGCGACACACCCUCACCCACACCAACGAGAAGCCCUUUUCCUGCCACCUUUGUGGACAGCGCUUCAACCGAAAUGGCCACCUCAAAUUCCACAUACAGCGGUUACACAGCCCAGAUGGAAGAAAGCCGGGACCUCCAGUGCCCAGGGCCCCUCCCCGUACCUCUACCCAGACCAUCAUCCUCAAUAGUGAUGAUGACACACUGGCUACAUUGCAUACUGCUCUACAGUCCAGUCAUGGGGUUCUGGGCCCUGAUCGACUCCAGCAAGCCCUGGGUCAGGAACACAUCAUUGUAGCCCAGGAACAAACAGUGUCCAAUCAGGAGGAAGCCACUUACAUCCAAGAGAUCACUACUGCAGAUGGUCAGAUGGUACAGCACCUGGUAACCUCAGAUAACCAGGUGCAGUAUAUCAUUUCUCAGGAUGGAGUACAGCAUCUCCUCCCCCAAGAGUAUGUGGUGGUUCCUGAGGGGCAUCACAUUCAGGUACAAGAAGGACAGAUCACUCAUAUUCAGUACGAGCAGGGCACUCCUUUCCUGCAGGAAUCUCAGAUUCAGUAUGUUCCUGUGUCUCCAGGACAACAGAUUGUCACUCAGGCUCAGUUAGAGGCUGCUGCCCAUUCAGCUGUUACAGCUGUAGCUGAUGCUGCCAUGGCCCAAGCCCAGGGUCUCUUCAACACCGAAGAGGCAAUGCCAGAGCACAUCCAGCAGCUGCAGCACCAAGGCAUUGAGUACGACGUUAUCACACUGACUGAUGACUGAGGGGCUACAGUGAGGACACAGAGAAACGAGAAUGCCAAAGGGUCUCACAAGAUCCUCCUUGCCAACCAGGCUUCCAUGAGAACCAGGCAGGUAUCCCAGACUUCCAAAUGAACUUGGGUCUGCCUCGGUGCCAGGGCUGAACAGGGCACUGGUGUGGUAAGCUACUGCCGACCCCCUGACCCCGGAUAAAGGAGGGCAAUCCGGGCCUGCAGGCAGGCUUGAGAGAAAUCUAUUUUUGUUUGGAUAGAUCAUCUGGUAUAUCUGUCUGAAUAAAGAAAAGGAAAUGAGUCCAGCCCUGGCCAGUCUUGCCAGAAUGGGGUGGCUCUCUUUCCUGCUUUCUCUUUACCAUGUGGUGGUGGUGGUGGCGGCAAAUAGAUAUCCUGGAGGCCAGUCCCCUACCUCCCCUAAUAUCAGCCCUCCACAGUUGACAGAGCUGCAGCUCCCUUCCUGCUGGUGGCGCUCAGUAUUAAAGGAGAAUUACUUUAGUAUUGGGGAAGGUAUCAUUUUACAGAAAUUCAGUCACAGAGACAGAGAUUUAAAAGACCUUAGAGAUCAUCUCACCCAACCCACCUCACUUUACAAAUGAGGAAAAUUAGGCUCAGAGAGAGAAGUGACUUGCAUAAGAUCACAGGUAGUAUCAGAGCUUGUUGUCAUGCUCGAGUUGAAGUAAGAUUAUUACUGAAUUACUUUCGAAUUCUAGAAUCAUGCAUUUCUAGACUAUGGUCCCUUUGCCCUAUAAAGGCUUUCUCAAACUUCUGCCAGUUUGUCCUUGGAGACACCAGAGGAAGUUGAUAAUCCACAGGCCUAAGGAACCCUAAUUGACAAGUUUUGAGUGGCAUGGGGUAGGCUCAUUCAAAGGUCCCUAUACACAAUGGGUAAGACUACUCAGAUCAGUUAAAGACUGGACUGGGCCCAUUAGCUUUUAUAUAGCCUGUAAGGAUUCA